AUGCUGGAUUUAUUUUGUAUUUAUUCGUCUAAUGGGAAAUUAUUAAUAGAGCAAUGUUUUAAUAAAAAAAGGUAUAAAAGGAAUAUACAUAAUGUUAUAAAAAGGAUACUAUAUAAUAAAAGCAAUAAUAAUAAUAAUAAUAAUAAUAAUAACUAUAAUUAUUAUGAUUAUUUUAAUAACAAUGUUGAUAAUAAUUACUAUUUAAUAUUGAACAAUACAUCAUAUGAUCAUACGAAUGAUAAGUUCCAUUUACUAAAUGGAAGAUCUUUGGAUAACAAAAAAUUUGUUUAUAUAAUAAAGAGUGAUGAUUUAUAUUUUGUAACAUUAAUAGAAGGUGAAAAUAAUCCUAUAUUAAUUGUAGAGAUGAUGCAAGAGAUAAUAAAAAUUAUAAAAAAAUAUUUUGAUAUAGAUAAAUUAAAGGAAAAUAUAUUAAUACAUAAUUAUACUAUAAUAAAUUUUUUGAUAAAUGAAAUAUUAGUACAGAAUGGAAAACCAUCUUUAUUUAUUCAUACGAUUUUAAAAGAAUUAAUUAAUAAUGAUAAUAACAACAAUAAUAAUAAUUAUUAUAAUUUUAAUUAUAACACUAGUAAUAAUUUUCUGAAUGAAACAUUAAAAAUAGGUCCUAUACCAAAUAAUAUAUAUAAUAUGAUUACACAAAAUAAGUAUAUAAAUAUAAAUGUUGGGAAUAGUAAUAAUAAUAUGAAUAAUAUUAGUAAUAAUAAUAACAAUAGUAAUCUUCUUAUGCUUCAUAUUAAUAAUGAGAAAAAUAUAAAUUAUAGUUAUAGUAAUGGUUCAUAUCUUCAUGGAAAACAUUCUAUAUAUAAUUAUUGGAGAUCAUAUAAUAACUCAUGUACAUCAUCAAAUGAAAUAUAUAUAGAUGUUGAAGAAAAUGUAAAUUGUAUUGUUAAUAAAAAUAAUAAAAUUAUACAUUAUUAUAUACAAGGUAAUGUAUAUAUUAAUUCGAAUAUUAAAGGUUCCCCAUAUAUUAAAUUAUAUUUUAAUCAGCUAGAUGUUCAGAAAUGUAAUUUCCAUUAUACUAUAAAUGCUAAUAAAUUAUUUAAUAAAAACAAAGAUGAACAUACUCUAAAUAAUAAAAAUGUAAUAAUUCACUUUGUACCAUUACAUGAGAAAUAUUGUCUUCUGCAUUAUUAUGAUAAAAUUCUGUUACAUCCUGGACCCUCUCCUUUAUAUAAUAACAAUGAAUACUAUAAUAAAAAUAACAUAAAAAGUAAUACACAUUUUAAUGACGAACAACAAAUGAACAACACAUUAACGAACGUAUUAAAAUUAAGUAGUGUUGAAGAUGCCAUAAAUGAAAAUGCAAAAAAAAAUGAACAUGAUAUAAAAAAUGAAUGGGAUAUAAAAAAUGAACAUCAAAAUGUUAUGAAAAGAAAUCAUUGCAAUAUUUUAGAAAAACAAAAUAGUAGUAACUCCUUUCAAACGUUAAGUAGAAGUAUAUCCUAUCAAGAAAAUAUGAACAUACAAAAUAAUAAUAUAUUUUCAUCAAAUAACUAUCUUGAAUAUAAUAAUGAUUUUCUAUUCAGUAAUCUUUUAAAUUUAUGGAAUGAUGAACAUAUGAAUAUGCCACAAAAUUAUUUUGAUAUACCAAAUGAUAAUUGUAAAAACAGUUAUGACAAUGAUUUAUUCUCACACCCUAAAUAUAAAUUACCAAUCCUUAUUAAAGGUAAUAUACAUUUUGAUAGUACAGAAAAUAUGUAUAAAAUAAAAUUAAAUGUCCUUUUAAAUAAUAUAAAUACAAAUAAAAACAAUAGUAAUAUAUUAUUAAACAGAUAUGAAAAUAUCUUAAUUAAAAUACCUAUACAUCAUUUUAUCAAAUCAGUCAAUUUCCAUACAUCCCUAGGCAAUAUAAAUUAUAAUGAAAAAAAGAAAUGUAUUUAUUGGUUUAUAAAUUAUGUUACAGAUAUGAAUACACAAAUGUAUGCUCAUAUAUCUUUAUAUGUUCCUACACAUGAACAAAAUGAUAUGAAUCAAAUGAAAAAUACAUAUCAAAUAUCCCCAUUAAAUAAUUUUAACUUAUAUCCUCUCUUUAAUUUUGUAGCCUAUGCUAGUUUAAAAAUUAAUGGCGUAUCCAUCACUGAUCAUAAAAUAGAGAAAAUUGAAGUACAAAAUUUGAAAAAUGUGGAAAUACGUAAGGGGUGUAGAUAUAGUACCAUAUAUAAUAACAUAGAAUUUAGGCUAUAA